CCAGCGUGGACGGAAGUAGGUCAUCCUUGGCCAGAUCACAGAGCAAAGUUGCAGAAGGGCGAGGUGGGAUUGGCAAGUUGCAAUGGCCACAGUGAGUGACCAAUUCGUUGGGUAUGGCUUGGUGACCUUCAGCUUGGUCCUCUUCGCCUACUACACCGUCUGGAUAAUAGUCUUGCCCUUCACUGAGAGUGACCACCUCAUUCACAAGUACUUCCUACCCCGAGAAUAUGCAGUGAUCAUCCCUGUGGCGGCCGGACUGGUAUUGCUGCUUUUUAUUGGAACUUUUAUCACCAUCGUGAUGUGGAAGAAUCCGAAAUCGGAAAAAAAAUCCGCUUGAAGAGGGAAGAAGGGGAGGAAGAUGAGAGAUCGCCUCAGGGAUCCUGUUUUAGCAAAGCCUGGAAAGAAAUUUUGGGAGCCAGGGUUGAUUCCCAUCAUCUCCACUCCGUACAGAUCUGGACAGAGUUUCCAAACUGUGAACCGAAGAGAUUUAAUCCGGAGAGAUCUCACAAUGUAUGCGACCGGAUCGGAAAUCCCAGAGCAAGGGUUUCACCCGAUCUCUUUUCUUAGGGUCCAAAUUUCGCCCUGGAAAGUUGACUAGGACUGAAGUUUAGCGGCCCAUUUGUAGUUGUGUUUUUGUGGGGUUUUUUUUCCUGCUUUUCUCCUGCAUAAUAUCAUGUGGCUUUGUGGCGCUUUGACUUUUCCAGAUUGCAUUUUUCUACAGCCGCUCAAAUGUGUAACACGUCGCUUGAGGGAUGGUAGAUCCAUCCAUAAUCGCCCUUCGGUUUUCCAGCAUAGGAAGAAACCUCUUGUUAUCUCAGAUUUGUUAUUCUUCUUUUUUUAUUUAUUUAUGUCUCCAGCCAAGUGACCAUCGAGAUCACGUUAAUGUGUGCCCAGAUUUUUAUUUUAUUUUUUUCAAAGUACAAUGCAAGUGCAGAUUGGAAACUUCUAAUGACCCAGUUAAACGGUCAUUAAAAAUACGAUCCACCUCCUUUUUCCUAGAAUGAUUUAAAAAAAAAAAAACACUUCAAAAAAACUUGUUCAGAAGUUUCUUUUUCACUCACAGGCAUCCUCUGCUGGUGUCUUGGAUAAAUCUCCGCUCAGAAAAAUUUUAAUUGUUUUCUGGCUGAAGCUGAUCAAGACAUUACAGCACUGCUCUCUAAUUAGUUCACUGCCUGGAAAGGCGUGGAUUAUAUUUGUAAUUACCGUUUAACUGGGUCAUUCCAAGUUUCCAAGCUUCAUUUUCAUUGCAUUUUUUUUUUUAAAAAAAAAAUCAAAGUAAGGUAGAUUAACAUUUGUGCAUUUGCAUUAAUAAUUCAGAUUCCGAAAUAGAGACAUGCACUCAGGGGCCACAAAAUGGGUCCCCCCCGUUCAAAUGUUCUGUCCCCCCCAAAUACAUUUCUUGAUCUCGUUUGCUGCAAUAUAGAUACAUUCCUCAAAACCUGUGUUUUUGUUUUUGUUUUUUCCUUUUUGGGCAUCGUUACGCAAAGAGGUCUAACAAAUAAAAUGUUUUCCUGCACUGA